AUGGCGUCACAGCUGCUUCGCUGUCGACGACCGACUGCUUUUUCGUCUCGGAGACCGCUCGUGAGACCAUCGCUACGUCGAUUUGUCCAUCCGAAUGAGUUCCAGCCGUUCGUUCCGCCCUCACCCGCCGAGUUGGGCAAGCCAACACCGGCCAAGACAUACCCGCGUACCAGCCGAUGGCUACGCCGGCUCUUCUACCUCUCGAUGGCCACGGGGGUCGUCUACGCCGUUGAUAACCAGUUCUACGCCGCGAGUGUGACCCGUACCGUGCGGACUUUUGCCGUUGGACUCCUCGUCGCGCUUGACUACAAGAUCAACUUCCGUCCGGACCCGCCGCUGGCUUCCUCCAUUGCCGCAGUGCACGCCCGAAAUGCCGAGCGGCUGUCCGACCUGCUGCGUAUCAAUGGCGGUCUGUACCUGAAGAUCGGCCAGGCGAUUGCUAUGCAGUCAGCAAUCCUGCCCCCGGAGUUUCAAAAGAUGUUUGCCCGCAUGUUCGAUGACGCCCCGCAGAACGACUGGAAGGAGGCCGAGCGUGUCAUCCGCGAGGACUUUGGCCGGUCUCCCGAGGAGGUCUUUGGGGUCUCAUUCACUGGCGACCCGGAGAAGGGUAUCAUGGAGCGCAAGGCGAGAGCCAGCGCCAGUGUCGCCCAGGUUCACUGGGCCCGGCUGGCCGACGGCCGUGAGGUUGCCAUCAAGAUCCAGAAGCGCGAGAUCGCUCAACAGAUCCAAUGGGAUCUGUGGGCUUUCAAAAUCGUCUCGUGGAUCUACAGCAAGUCGUUUGAUAUUCCCUUCUACACCCUAGUGCCCUACGUCAGCGAGAGGUUGUACCUGGAGACGGACUUUGUCAACGAGGCCGACAACGCGGAAAACAUGGCCCGCCUGGUGGCUGGAGAGCCGCGGCUCCGGGAUCGUGUGUAUAUCCCUAAGGUGUACCGCGAGCUCAGCUCGAGACGGGUGAUGACCUCGGAAUGGAUCGAGGGCGUCCGGCUAUGGGAUAAGGAGGCGAUCACACGCGAAUGGCGCGGUGGCUGGCGUGAGGGCAGCCCUGGGUGCCAGGGAACACCGCUCGAUCCUCCCGGCACACCUAGUCCCCUCGAGCUGGCGGCACGCCACCCGGGCGCUGUGGAGCUCAAGCCGGAACGCAACCACUGGCGCGGAUGGAAGAACCGCGGCGGGCUGGGCCUGUCGCUGAAGGAAGUCAUGGGCACCAUGGUGGACCUGUUCUCCGCGCAGAUGUUUCUAUGGGGGUACGUGCACUGCGAUCCGCACCCGGGCAACAUCUUCAUCCGGCGGCGGCCGUCGGGCCACUCGGAGCUCGUCCUGAUCGACCACGGGCUGUACAUCCAGAUGGAGACGGGCUUCCGGCACGACUACGCGCGCUUCUGGAAGGCGCUGAUGACCUUUGACAACCGGACGAUCAAGGAGAUUGUCGCCGGGUGGGGGGUGACCAACGCCGACUUCUUCGCCUCGGCGACGCUGCUGCGGCCCUACGCAGGCGGCGACCGGUCGACGCAGCAGAGCCUGCGCGGCCUGUCGCAGCGGGAGCGGGCCCAGCGCUCCUACGAGAUGCAGCAGGCCGCGCGCCAGGCGGUCCGCGAAAUCCUCGGCGACGAAAACAAGUGGCCGCGCGAGCUGAUCUUCAUCGGCCGCAAUCUGCGCAUCGUCCAGGGCAACAACCAGUUCUUGGGCUCGCCCGUCAACCGCAUCAAGAUCACAGGCAUCUGGGCUUCGCGCGCCCUCGUCGAGUCGCCAGACCUGCCCUUGUCCGAGAAGGUGGUCAACCUAGGCCGCCACUGUCUCUUCCGUCUCGUGCUCUUCUCCUCCGACAUCUUCUUCUACUUCACCAAGCUGCGCCAGCUGCUUCAUCUCGGCGGCGGCAUGGAAGACGACAUCGAGGCCUCCAUGCACCAUAUGGCUAAAGAGAUGGGGGUCGAACUCAACCAUUCCGUUUUCGAAGGUUGA